UCUUCCCGGGAGUGUUUGGCCACUGAGCAACAUGUUCCCAGCGCGGAGACCGGGAAGGCGCACCGGGGGCUCGGCGGUGGCGCCGCGGACCAUGGUUACAUCUGGACGGACCGGACAGGUCGGACAGGUGUGGGUCUCCUGUUGGAUUCUGCUUUGUGCUACUUGUAUCCUCAGCGCUCAGGCUCAAGAUGAUGUCCCACCUUAUUUCAAGAUGGAGCCUCCUCAAACCCAGGUUCAUCUGGAGGGAAACCGCCUGGUCCUCACCUGCAUGGCAGAGGGCAGCUGGCCGCUGGAAUUCAAAUGGAUCUACAAUGGGACCGAGCUGACACGCUUCUCCCUGGAGUACAGGUACUUGAUCCCGACGCUGGACCGAGCGAAUGCUGGCCACUACCGCUGCAUUGUGAGGAAUCGAGUGGGUGCUAUAAUGCAGUGCAGCACUGAAGUGCAGGUCGCCUACAUGGGUGGUUUCGUGGAGGGCGAAAGGUCUCAAACUGUAUCCCAGGGUGACGGUGCUCUCCUCCACUCUCCGCGGAUACACAGCUUCCCCAGGCCACAAAUCACGUGGUUCAGAGACGGACGUAAGAUUCCCUCCAGCAGCCGUAUUGCCAUCACGCUGGACAACACGCUGGUCAUCCUGUCCACCGUGGCCCCUGAUGCGGGACGUUACUACGCCCAGGCGGUCAACGACAAGAACGGGGAGAACAAAACCAGUCAGCCUGUCGUACUCACAGUGGAGAAUGUGGGAGGACCUGCGGACCCCAUCGCCCCGUCUAUCAUCAUCCCCCCCAAGAACACAAGCGUAACAAUGGGCAGGAACGAGGCGAUCAUGGAGUGCGUUGCAAAUGCAAGGCCCCUUGUCAAGAUGAAUAUUACUUGGAGGAAAGACGGCGCAGUGGUCAAUACAGGGAUCCGAGAUUUCGGCCGUAGGUUGGUGAUCAGUUUGCCUGCGGUCAGUGACAGCGGCUACUACGAGUGCGAGGCUUCUCUCCGCAGCAGCAGCGUCCCCUCAGUCACUGCCGGGGCUUUUCUGCAUGUUCUUGAGUAUCCUCUGUUUGUCAAAGAGCCGCCGAGUCACAUCAGCGCAGAGAUGGAGAAGGUUGUGGAUAUCCCCUGUCAGGCGAGAGGCACACCGCAGCCAGACAUAGUGUGGUACAAAGAUGCCGUGCCCAUCAGCCCGGUGAAGAUCCCCAGGUACAGGGUGUUGGUAGGAGGCAGUCUGCAGAUCAACGGCCUCCUGCCGGAUGACACAGGGAUGUUUCAGUGCUUUGCCCGUAAUCUCGCAGGGGAGAUCCAGACAAACACCUACCUUGCUGUUACUAGUAUCGCUCCAAACAUCACCGCUGGCCCCUCUGACAGCGCCGUGAUUGACAGCAUGUCAGUCAUCCUGCAUUGUGAGACCUCAGGAGCCCCAAGGCCAGCCAUCACCUGGCAGAAAGGUGAGCGUGUCUUGGCCAGCGGCUCGGUCCAGCUGCCCAGGUUUACCCUGUUGGAGUCGGGCAGCUUGCUAAUCAGCCCCUCCCACCUUUCCGACGCCGGUACCUACACCUGCAUGGCCAGUAACUCCAGGGGCAUCGACGAGGCUUCCUCCGUGGUUGUCUGGGCACGAACCCGCAUCACUAAACCCCCGCAGGACCAAAGUGUCAUCAAAGGGACCAAGGCUGUUAUGACCUGCGGCGUGACCCACGAUCCUAGUGUGACUAUCAGGUAUGUGUGGGAGAAAAGCAGCUCGGUGAUCGACGUGAACAGCUCGCCCCGCCUGCGGCUGGAUCCCGACGGGACCUUACACAUCUCCCAAACGUGGUCGGGUGACAUCGGAACAUACACCUGCAGGGUGACCUCAGUCGGCGGCAAUGUCCGUAGCGCCCACCUCAGAGUCAGGCAGCUGCCACAUGCUCCAGAAAACCCAAUAGCAGUUCUGAGCACCACAGAGAAGAGGGCCAUCAACCUUACAUGGGCCCAGGCUUUUGACGGUAACAGCCCCCUGAUCCGCUACAUCCUGGAGGUCUCAGAAAACAAUGCCCCUUGGACGGUGCUGCUGGCCAAUAUUGAACCGGAGUCCACCGGGGUGACUGUCGGUGGCCUGAUCCCAGCACGCUCGUACCAGUUCCGGCUGUGUGCCAUCAACGACGUGGGCAGAGGCCAGUUCAGCAAAGAAACUGACCGACUGACUCUCCCCGAAGAGCCCCCCAGCGCCCCCCCUCAGACAGUCAUUGCGAGUGGCCGCACCAAUCAGUCCAUCAUGAUCCAGUGGCAGCCACCCCUGGAGAGCCAUCAGAAUGGUCCGCUCCAAGGCUACAUCAUCAGGUACUGUCUGUCGGGGCUUCCUGUUGAUUGUCAGAUGAAAAACAUCACCAACCCGGACCAGACCAGCCUACUCCUGGAGGACCUCAUCAUCUGGACCAACUACGAGAUCGAGGUGGCAGCUUACAACGGAGCAGGCCGGGGCACCUACAGCCAUAAAGUCACCGAAUGGACACUGCAGGGAGUGCCCACUGUGCCACCAGGAAAUGUACAAGUCGAGGCUGUCAACUCCACCACGGUGCGAUUUACCUGGAGUGCCCCGAGUCCUCAGUUUAUCAAUGGAAUCAACCAGGGAUACAAGCUUUUGGCGUGGGAACCUGGAAGAGCAAAUGAUGUCACCGUGGUAACAGUGCGUCCCAACUUCCAGGACAGUGUCCACGUGGGCUACGUCUCCGGCCUGAAAAGGUUCACAGAAUACUACACGUCAGUGCUGUGCUUCACCACCCCUGGAGACGGCCCACGCAGCCCGCCGCAGCGCUCGCGCACCCAUGAGGAUACCCCUGGUGCUGUGGGACACCUCAGCUUCACUGACAUCUUGGACACCUCACUAAAAGUCAGCUGGAAGGAGCCGCAGGAGAAAAACGGCGUUCUCACAGGCUAUCGGAUCUCCUGGGAGGAGUUCAACAGGACCAAUACUCGAGUGACCCAUUAUUUACCCAACUUAACUCAGGAGUACAAGGUGACAGGGCUCACUGCCUUGACCACUUACACCAUCCAGGUGGCAGCCAUGACCGCAAAGGGCCAGGGCCUGCUCUCCGCAUCCACCAUCUCCUCGGGUGUACCACCAGAGCUGCCUGGUCCUCCGACUAAUUUAGCUAUCUCCAACAUCGGCCCUCGCUCAGUCACACUGCAGUUCAAACCAGGUUAUGAUGGCAAAACAUCCAUUUCCCUAUGGCUGGUUGAAGCGCAGAUUGGUAUAAUCGGAGAGAAUGAAGAGUGGCUGAUGGUUCACCAGAUGACUAAUGAACCUGAUGCUAGAUCACUGGAGGUGCUGGACUUGAACCCAUAUACUUUCUACAGGUUUCGAAUGCGUCAGGUAAACAUUGUGGGCACCAGUCCGCCAAGCCAGCCCUCCAGGAAGAUCGAGACCCUGCAGGCCCCUCCAGACAUCUCCCCGGCUAAUGUCACGCUGCGCACAGCCAGUGAGACCAGCCUGUGGCUGCGCUGGGUGCCUCUUCCAGAGUGGGAGUACAAUGGGAAUCCAGACCUGGUUGGCUACCGGGUGCAGUAUUCCAAAGCUGGGACGAAAGGCGGAGUUCUUUCCCAUGUCAUCAUGGAUCGGUUGGAGAGGGAGUUCACCAUUGAGGACCUGGAGGAGUGGACCGAGUAUGAGGUCAGAGUUCAGGCCAUCAAUGGUAUCGGAUCCGGGCCCCGGAGCCAGCCGGUGCACGGCAGGACGAGGGAGUCAGUGCCCUCCAGUGGUCCCGCCAACGUAUCCGCCUUCGCCACCACCUCCAGCAGCAUUCAGGUGCGGUGGGGGGAAGUCCCAGAGACGGACCGAAACGGACUUAUCCUGGGGUACAAGGUGGUGUAUAAGGAGAAAGACUCGGAUACGGCCCCCAACUUCUGGGAGGUUGAGGGAAACACGAGCCACAGCGUCCAGCUGAACGGUCUGGGCAAGUACGUCCUGUUCGAGAUCCAGGUCCUCGCCUUCACGCGGAUAGGAGACGGAAGGAGCAGCACACCUUCCAUUUUAGAGAGGACCCUGGAUGAUGUACCCGGCCCACCAGUUGGCAUCCUCUUCCCAGAAGUCAGGACCACCUCAGUCAGACUCAUCUGGCAGCCUCCUGCACAGCCCAACGGCAUCAUCCUGGCCUAUCAGAUCACAUUCAGGAAGAAUUCUUCAAACAGCAACGCCGCCACCGUCGACGUGCUGAGCCCCAGCGCGCGUCAGUACACAGCGACUGGACUGAAGCCAGAAAUGGUUUAUGUGUUCCGCCUCACUGCUCAAACACGGAAGGGUUGGGGGGAGGCUGCGGAGGCUUUGGUGGUCACAACAGAAAAAAGAGCCCGACCCCAACCCACGAGCCGCCCCGUGGUGCCUCAAGAGGAAGUCCAGGCCCGCAGAGUGCUGUUGUCAUGGGAACCAGGCAGCGACGGCCUCUCCCCGGUUCGUUACUACACAGUCCAGUACAGAGAGCUGCCAGACAGCAACUGGACCGUCCACUCUGCUUCAGUCAGCCAUGAGACACACUCGUACAUCGUGGACAGGUUAAAGCCUUUCACUUCUUACCAGUUCCGUAUAAAAGCCACCAAUGACAUUGGAGACAGUGAAUACAGCCAAGAGAGCGAGGCCAUCACUACCCUGCAGGAUGCGCCGGACAAACCCCCCACGAUCCUGUCCGUCACACCUCACACCACCACAUCUGUACUGGUUCGCUGGCAGCCUCCUGCUGAGGAUCACAUCAAUGGAGUCCUGUUGGGGUUCAGGGUCCGGUUCCGGGAGUUACACUACGACAGGCUACGCAGCUUCACAGUGCGCACGGUUAACAGCCCCUCUAACAACUGGGCUGAUCUCACAGCUCCGUACAGCAUCAGGAACCUGAGUGAAUCCUCUCUCACCCAAUAUGAACUGGAUAAUUUGAGUAAACACAAACGCUACGAGAUCCGUCUCAGUGUGUACAACGCUGUGGGAGAGGGUCCCAGCAGUGCACCACAGGAAGUGUUUGUUGGAGAGGCGGUCCCAACAUCCCCUCCCCAGAGUGUGAUGAUCCAGUCCUCCACAGCCACACAGCUGGAUGUCAUGUGGGAUCCUCCUCCUCUGGAUGCUCAGAAUGGGGACAUACAGGGAUACAAGAUCUAUUUCUGGGAGUUUCAGCUCCAGAAUGAGACGGAGCGUCUGCGUACUCUGUUCCUGCCCGAGCUGGGCGUGAAGCUCAAAAACCUGACCGGCUACACCACCUACAUGAUCAGUGUGGCCGCCUUCAAUGCUGCAGGGGAUGGACCCCGCUCCCUGCCCACCAGAGGGCGCACUCAGCAAGCUGCGCCGAGCGCUCCCAGCUUCAUCCAUUUCAGCGAGUUGACCACCACUUCGGUCAACGUGUCCUGGGGAGAGCCCAAGCAGGCCAACGGUAUCAUCGACGGUUACCGCCUGGUUUAUGAGCCCUGCACGCCAGUAGAUGGUGUCAGUAAGAUAGUGACAGUAGAUGUGAAGGGAAGUGCCCCCCUGUGGAUGAAGAUCAAAGAUCUGGCUGAUGGCGUCACCUACAGCUUCCGAAUCCGGGCCAAAACGCUCACAUAUGGCCCGGAGGUGGAGGCGAACAUCACUACUGGGCCUGGAGAAGGAGCACCUGGCCCUCCUGGGGAACCCUUCAUUUCUCGGUAUGGCUCUGCCCUCACACUGCACUGGACGAGCGGCGAUCAAGGCCGUGCACCCAUCACAAGAUACGUCAUAGAGGCCAGACCCUCCGAUGAAGGAUUGUGGGACAUCCUCAUCAAAGACAUUCCCAAAGAAGUGACAUCCUACACGCUCAAUCUGGAAAUGCUACGAGAAGGCGUCACCUAUGACUUUCGAGUCAUUGCAGUCAACGACUAUGGCUAUGGGUCACCCAGCGCCCCCUCCCCUUCUAUAUCAGCCCAGAAAGUGUCUCCGUUCUAUGAGGAGUGGUGGUUCCUGGUCGUGAUAGCUCUGGUCGGCCUCAUCUUCAUUCUCCUCCUUGUUUUCAUCCUCAUCAUCCGAGGCCAGAGCAAGAAAUACACCAAAAAGGCCGAUUCAGGCAACCACUCCAACUGCACAGCUCUGCCUCUGACCCACGGAGAGAUGGUGCGUCUGGACGAGGGACGUUUCCCGGCACUGGAACUGAACAACAGACGCCUCUCCGUGAAGAACUCCUUCUGCCGCAAGAACGGCAUCUACACACGGUCCCCACCAAGACCAAGUCCCGGAAGUCUGCACUACUCUGAUGAGGAUGUCAGCACUAAGUACAACGACCUGAUCCCAGCAGAGAGCAGCAGCCUGACCGAGAAACCCUCGGAGAUAUCCGACUCUCAGGGUAGCGACAGCGAAUACGAGAUGGAUCAGAGCCGACAGAAGACCCACUCCUUCGUCAAUCACUACAUCAGCGACCCCACUUACUACAACUCCUGGCGGCGGCAGCAGAAGGGCGUCUCCCGCCCGCCGGCGUACGGCUACGCCCAGCCCGAGCCUUUGGUCGAACAGGAGUCACGGCAGCACCCGCCUCCCGUACCCCCUCUGCCCCCUCUGCCCCCCUCUCCUCCCCAGAGCGCCCCGACCCCGCAGCCCCAGUGCCAGGGCCAGGGCACUCUGUUUAGGUCAAAGGGAAGCCGGACUCCCACCCCCUCCCUGCUGUCCUCUGACCCCCCCAGCCAGCAUGGCACCCUGUACCGGCCCCCCAGCAGCAUGGGCUGUGCCACACAGGCACCUACCGCUGGCUUCUCCUCUUUUGUUUGACACACAGCUCUCCUUCCAAUAACAACACUGAGGACGAGUCUUUGAGUUGGGUGUUGUUGGUUUCUUUGUUUGUUGCUCUUUGUUGAUUUUUCUUCUUUUGUUUUUCUGUCUGUCUCACUGACAGAGUUGUUGCUCAUUAUUAAGCAUUGCAGGCAUCUUGAAUAGCGUUUUCUCCUCUGUGAAGAGUGAGUGUGUAUGACUGUGUGUUGGCGCGAAUGGUUGGUUGAGUCAUGUGAAAUGUAUUUCAUCGAAAAAGACAAUCAUUCGAAAGUUUUAUGCGUUGCUUGAGUACAUUCCUUUGAAGGUAUGUAAACAAGGGAGAACCUGAGGUUCUGAAAAAAGAAAACCUUGUUUUAAAAAAAAAACACUGUAUUAUUGUUUCACGAGAGCUUUACGGAAGAAAAAAAAACAACCACAUUAGAGUACGGACCACUUGGCUUGCUGAGACUGAACAAUGGAAACCCAAACUCUGAUGUGACGUUUGAACUACAAAGGACAAAGUGAAAAGUGAGAAACAGACUCUGAAACGGAGAGCGGCACCAUGAGGUCAACGAAGCCCUCGGCUGCCUUUGAGUUUUUUCACUCUUGCCUAAUCAUUGAUGGAACUGCAUUCUGUGUUUACUAUAUGUACUCGUCUCAUAUUGUUUACCACAGAUAUUUAUAUCAAUCGGCUUCGAGCUCAACAUUUUCAAAAACAUCGCUAGUGACAAUGUUAUGAAUCACAUUAAAGCAUUGUGGCACCUUU